UGCACCCCAGAGGUACACGGACAUCCAUGUGACCUGCUGAGCUCACAUAGCCAGACAUAGGCCUGCAGACUGGAACAGACUGACACUCAGACUUUAACUGUGGACAGACUCCUCUUGUGCACACACUCAUGCACACUCAUGUCGCUCACAGCCCAGGGGGCCUGAAUCUCCAUAUUUCCAGAACCCUGCUCCUGCUGCUGCUGUGUGUGGCCUCCAUCAAGGGGGUCACCCCCAAACCCAAUGCCUGCCUGUUGUUCCAGUCGGACAACGGCAGCUCCAUCUACUGCCACCCACCAGCCAAACCCAUCCGCUAUCUCCCCGCCGACACCAUCUACCUGGCUGUGGAGUUUUUCAACCUCACCCAGCUGCCAGCCGACACUCUCCAGGGUGCCUCUAAACUGGAGGAACUGCACCUCUCUGGUAACCGGCUGGAGAACCUUUCUGCAGAGCUCUUGCUGCCUGUACCUGGGCUGAAGGUGCUCGACCUAACGUGCAACGCCCUGACCCGGCUGCGCUCCGGCCUCUUCAAGGUCUCGGUCUCCCUCCACACCUUGGUGCUGAAAGAGAACCAGCUGGAAGCUCUGGAGGCCUCGUGGCUGCAUGGCCUGAAAGCGCUGGAGCAUCUGGAUCUGUCCGGGAACUACCUCCGGACGCUGCCCCCUGGGCUGCUGGCCAACUUCGCUGCUCUGCGCAUCCUUGACCUCAGUGAUAACCGGCUGGAGACUUUGCCCCCUGACCUUCUGAGGGGCCCACUGCACCUGGAACGGUUGCAUUUGGAGAGCAACAGAUUGCGGGCAUUAGGAGAGGAACUUCUGGCUCCCCAGCCAGACCUGCACUACCUUUUCCUGAGCAGUAACAAACUGGCCACGGUGGCUGCCGGCGCCUUCCACGGUCUGCAGCAGCUGGACAUGCUGGACCUCGCCAACAACUUGCUGACCAGCGUGCCCAAGGGGCUCUGGACGUCCCUGGGGCAGCCCACACGGGACAUGAAGGAUGGCUUUGACAUCUCUGGUAACCCCUGGAUCUGUGAUCAGAACCUGGAAGACCUCUAUCGGUGGCUUGUGGACAAUAAAGACAAGAUGUUCUUCCUGAAUGACACGUGCUGUGCUGGGCCAGAAGCCUUGAAGGGCCAGACUCUUCUGGCAGCGGCUGGGGCCCAUUGAGGCCUGGAGCGGGGGUGGGGGUGGGGAGAAAGGCCUGGCAGAACACUGCACCCCACUUAGCAAAUAUUCCCACCUUCUAAGGGUGAGAUUCAGGCUUCCACAGUGGCAGGGUCCCUUAAUACUGAUACUUCCCAAAACACACCUUGACCUCCUCCUGUCUUUGCUCAAGCUGUAUCGUUUUCCAGGAAUGCCUUUCCCCAUUUCCCAGGUCUCUUGGUCUCUGGGCUCUCUCACCCUGCUCGGCAUUCCCUCUGGCCCAGCCCUGGCCACACUGGGGCUGUCUCUAUCUGGCUCUGUGUCUAAGGCUUUGGUGGCUGUCUGAGUGCAGGGCCUGGGGCGAAGAUCCCUCUCACCCAGCAUCAUUCAGUUUGGAGUCAGACCUGAAGGGUUUAAUAAAUAACUGCCAAACGGAA